CGCAUCGAUGAACCCUAAAUUGCAUGGGACUGGAUCGAGCAGACUGCUCGAGUGUUGGAGGAUCUUAACGUACCCAUUGGCAACUAUCCCCGACUGGCGUCUCAGCUGCUUCGCAAGGAAGCCUAUGAGUGGUGGAAGAGGACCGUUGAGAGUGCAAAACCCCUAAGCCAUGGACAUGGGCACAUUUCGAAUGGGCAUUCAAGCAAGAAUAUAUUCCAAAACGUUUUAGCGAAGAAAGACGUAAAGAAUUUGUCAAAUUGCAACAGGGAGGCAUGACACUCCCCGAGUAUCGUCAGAAGUUUACCAGUCUUGCUAAGUUUGCACCAACCUUGGUGAGUACCCCAACCGAUCGCAUCGAGGAGUUCAGGAAGAAACUUCGACCUGACCUCAGGUCGCGUGUGUCCGUCCUAACCACCGUGGAUUUCGCAGAGGCCUACGAUCUCAUAGCCAGGGCAGACAGCGACUUGAGUGCUUGCAUUGAGUAUCUGAAGACAAAUAAUGUCAGUUCAAGCACUCACCGUCCCAUCAGCUCUGUCUCAAAAGGAAAAAGGCCCUUCCAGGAAUCUAGCAAUUCACACUUCUCAAAGAAGGGGAAAUCGGUGCAGACGCACUCUGUGGCGUCGGAAAACAAAUCAAGAUGGUGGAAACACGCAUUGUGCGAUACAUGUGGGAGACAUCAUCCAGGCGAGUGUUGGCUUGCCCAAGGAUUAUGUCUAUGUUGUGGCAAACCUGGACAUUUUCGAAAGGAUUGCCCCACUAAUCCUGGCAAACCAUUUCCAACAGCCCCGGUUGUCAGCCAAUCAGCAUCAGCACGACCUGCGCCAAGUCAACGAUCAACGGCGGGAUCUAAUCUGGACAAGAACUAGAGUCAGCUACAAGGACGAGCUCCUGCUCGUACUUAUGCAAUGAAGGCACGAGCUGAGGAAAACCCUGACGUCAUUCAGGGUAUGUUUUCCUUAUUUGAUUCUGUCAUGCAUGUGUUGAUAGACCCUGGAUCAACGUUAUCUUAUAUCUUCAUGUCUAUGCCUGACAAAGCUGACGUAAUGAAAGAAAACUUAGAACAACCU